UUAAAAAAAAUAGGAUGGGCCUAAUUGCUAGAAUCAAGAUGGCGACUCUGGCAAAUGCGCUAAUGUAUUUUCUGAAGUAAAGGUUGAAGAUUAACUUUCUAGAGCGAACAUUUGUCGUGCGUUUUGUCAAGCCUGUGGCGGGUUGGUGAAGAAUGAAGAGCGGAGGCAUGUUUUGGGAGCGGUACUGAGCAGGACUUUGGCCGUGAGGAAGAGUGAGCGCUAUGUGUGAGAGCUAUGCCCGCUCGCUGCUGCGGGUGUCGGUGGCGCAGAUCUGUCAGGCUUUGGGCUGGGACGCCGUCCAGCUCACUGCCUGCGACCUGCUGGCCGACGUGCUGCACCGAUAUGUCCAGGAGUUAGCCAAACUGUGCCACCGCUACUCCGAGCUCUAUGGAAGGACAGAUCCAGUCUUGGAUGAUGUCAGCCAGGCUUUCAGGAUACUCGGAGUGAGUCUGAGUGAACUUGAGGAUUAUGUCCACAACCUGGAGCCCGUGGCCUUCUCCCAUCAAAUACCACUUUUUCCUGUUAGCAAAAAUAACGUCUUGCAGUUUCCUCAACCUGAGGUCCGAGAUACAGAGGAAAGGAAGGAUUACAUUCCAGAUUACAUGCCACCCCUUGUUUCCUUACAGGAAGAAGAGGAAGAAGUUUUGGCUGAUAUGGGCACCUCAGCUGAAGCCAUGCAGGUAGCACUGGAAGAAGAUGAAGAGGAACUGGAGGAAGAAGAGACUGUCAACGAUGAGAAUCACCCACUAAAGAGGCAUCUGGACAGUCCUGAUGCAGCUUUAGGCAUGAUGCCUACCUCAAAGAGACCACGUUUGUACCCUGGCCUCAGCCCAGAAUGGGGGAUUGAGCCUAGGGAGCCCCUUACUUCUCUCAACCCACAACGUGUUCCUCCGGGCAUACUGCCUUCACAUGAAAGCCUUGUCCCCAUGUCUCCUGAAACACCUCCUGGAGCCCUGCCCUCCUUCAGACCUCAGCCAGUAACAUCAAAACAUUCUGACCAAAAGUCUCAAACCACUCAAGGAAGGAAGCCAAAAGUUACAUCCCCAGUCACACCACGAACUAAGACUCCUAAAGGAGUUAUUCCUGUUCCACCAACUGGAAGUCCAAUCCAGUCUCCAAAAUCAUCAAAGGAAAGGAAGAAAUCUCCUGCCAGGACAAAGAGUCCUAAAAGCCCCAAGAGCCCAAAAAUUGAUUUGGGCAAAGCAUCUCUAAGCAGGACAGAUGGCUUGCAUAAGCUACCCUUGUCAGCUUUGAGUGAGAGGAUGGGUAAGGAGAACAUCCGGAUGCACCAGAACAUGGAAGACCUGGAGUUGGCUGGGGGCCCCUUCAGGAAAGUAGAGCCUGACAAUACAGCAAUUGAUGACUCCAUUGACGCUGUGAUUGCUAGAGCAUGUGCUGAGCGGGAGCCAGAUCCUUUUGCUUUCUCCUCAGGUUCUGAUACUGAUAGCAAUGGAUUCUCUAGCCCCCGGAGACUGACCAUUAUGGAGCCAUCUAUACCAAGGGUCCAAAAUGUUGCCAAUAAUUUAAUAAAAGACACAUCAACACCACUUCAUAUGAAUGCAGGUCCUGGGAACUGGACUCUGGAUGAUUCAAUCAAUGAGGUGAUCCGUAAGGUUAAUCAAGGAGGUCCAUCUGUUCCCUUCGAAAUCAAAGGAGCCUAUGUUUCCUCAGGGUCAGCAUCACCACCUACUCCAGAACCACUCCUCAAGGUCUUUGAAGAAAAGAACAAGAUUGUGACACCAGUAGAAGUGAAGAAAAAGGUCAAGAAAGAGCUCAAAACUAAAAUGAAGAAGAAGGAAAAAGACAAGCCAAAAGACAAAGAUCGUGAAAAGGACAAGGGUAAGCUUAAAGAAAAGAAUAAAGAAAAAAACAAGGAGAAGAACAAGGAUUCUAACAAAGACAUCAAGAUGCCCUGGAAAGAGCUUGGAGGGUUGGAUGAUGUUCACAUUGGUCACAGAGACUUCACACUGCCUGAGGGCUCCAUCAAGACGAAGGCCAGAGAUGGUGAUGGACCUAAAAAGGAGAAGGACAAACACAAAGACAAAAAGAAAGACAAGGAAAAAAGUAAGAAGGACAAAGAUAAAAAAGACAAAAGCAAAGACAAGGGAAAAGACGAUAAGCAGAAACAGCCUGCCCUUGCUCCUUUCGCUCUUGGUGACGUUCCUCCGCUGUUCAGCCCCUCUGCCUGCUUACGUUUGCCCUCUAUGCUUCCUCCUCUGGCUCCAAUUCUUCAGGACAAAGACACCAAGGGCAAAGAGAAGGAUAAGAAGAAAGAUAAGAAGGAAAAGAAGAAAAAGAAAGACAAGGAAAAAGAACGGGAUAAGGCCAAAGAAAAGGAGCGGGAGAAGGAAGAAAAGAAGAAGGAAAAAGAAAAAGAAAAGCGUGAAAAGGAGAAAGAAAAAGAGAGAAUUCGCUUGGAAAAGGUGAAAGUGGACACCCCAGCAGCUCUGCCAUCUCCAGUCAUCCCCAGACUGACUCUCAGAGUGGGAGCUGGUCAGGACAAAAUUGUUAUCAGCAAAGUGGUUCAAAACGCAGAGCCAAAAACGCCAGCAUCCAAAACCCCUGCUUCUAAGUGUGGACCUGGAAAUCGCCCUCGGACACCUCUGCCUCCCCCAGUUCUCUCCCCAGCUGCACCACCUGUGGCACCACCUGCCUCACCCCUUCCACCAGCAGCUGCUGCCCCAUCCUUGUUUUCCCCAACCUCUCUGCUCUCCCCAACCACUUCUCUGAAAACACCAGUCCGAAGCGUAGUAACCGAGACCGUCGGUAGCUAUGUGAUUCUUGAUGAAUUGGGAAAUCAGAUCUGGAUUUGCCCUGGAUGCAACAAACGCGAUGAUGGCAGUCCAAUGAUAGCGUGUGAUGACUGUGAUGCUUGGUACCAUUGGCCUUGUGUUGGAAUUCUUGCAGCCCCUCCUGAGGACCAGCCGUGGUUCUGUGUGAAAUGUUCCAGCAAGAAAAAGGACAAAAAACACAAAAAAAGGAAACACAAACUGCAUUGAAACUAUGCAUAAAGCACAUAUUUUGGACUCUUUGGGAGGGGGUGGGGCUUAAAACCAUCAUUGUGGCACUGGUGUAAAAGAAUAAUAAUUACAAAAAAGUCUACAAUUGUGGUUGACAUAAGCUUAUGAUUAUUUUUUUUUUCUCAAAAUCAGCCACGAUGCAUUGUGAGUUGGUAAGAAAAAAAAAUGCUUUAACCAGCACAUACCCAUAUCCAGCCUUAGUUCUUUAUGGGGACUCUGUGGUUUCCCUUAACACUUGUAAAUGGUUUGGCUGUUGCUUUUGCAAGUCCGAUUUAACACACCAUAAUGUUAGAGCUCAGCAUUGUCACAAGGCAGCAGCAGAGAACAAAAGACAUCCGCAGUUCUUAUUUCUGUUCCUUUCAUGUGGCUCCAAAAGGAAUGGCUGAUAUGGUGAAUCCUUCUCCGGUUUCUACACUCAUUAAAAUCCCCUGUAUAUAACAACGGCAUUGGAUGUGUAUAAAUGUGUAAAUAUCAAUCUCCAAGCCAAUUACAUUUUGUUCUUAGAACUUCUGACUUGCAAAAUCCAUUUUCAGAUAUCUGUUUUUAACUAUAAUAAUUUUCUGUAAUUUCUGUACAUUUUUUAAAUUUAAAGUUUGUAUUUUUAUUUUCUUUCACAUGGGUUUAUCCCAGAAGUAUACUUUAGCUUUGCUUGUAAUGUAAUUUUCACUGAUAUUUCAAUAUUAAAAGUGAAGUCUGUAUAUUCACAGGCUUUAAGACUUAAAACUCAUAAUGAAAAAUGCACCUAGAUUUUCUGUAAAUCACUUUUGUUCAAUCCUUAUGUUGUAUUUAACCCAGACAGACUUAUUCUACCCUUCCCCUUUUUUCAGUAACUGUUUGCAUUUACUUUAUAAAAAUAGAGAUAUUUUAACCAA